AUGCUGCGCAUAGGCGUCGUAGCGAUGAUAGUGUAUUAUGGAUUGCAAUUAACUUGGUCGCAUCUCUACAAGCAGCGCCUAGAAUCGGAGCUACAGGAGCGGGUCAACGAGCUCAACGGCAAGGUGGAUGAUAAGCUGAAUGCGAUGAGCCAGCCCUCGCAGCCUUCCGGCGUCGCGAUUGCAUCGAAAUCAUGGCUCAAAUCGUGGAUUGGAUAA